AUGUUUAAAUCCAUCAUUUUUCCAAGGUUUGGAGUGCCUAGGAUAGUCAUAAGUGAUGGAGGUUCACAUUUCAUCAACAGAAUCUUUGCCAACCUUUUGAAGAAGCAUGGAGUCACUCAUAAAGUUGCCUCUCCUUACCACCCUCAAACUAGUGGACAAGUUGAGAUCUCAAACAGAGAACUCAAGAGCAUACUUCAGAAGACAACAGGCAAGACAAGAAAGGAUUGGAGUGCCAAACUAGAUGAUGCUCUAUGGGCAUACCGCACUGCCUUCAAAACACCACUUGCUUGGGCUAUUAAGGAGUUGAACUUCAACCUAAAGACAGCAGGAGAAAGAAGAUUGAUUCAGCUGAAUGAGCUUGAUGAGAUUAGGCAUCUGGCUUAUGAGAAUUCAAAGAUCUAUAAGGAGAGAACCAAAGCUUUCCAUGACCGCAAGAUCAUCCCAAAGAACUUUGCGCCAAACGACCAAGUUCUACUAUUCAACUCAAGGUUGAAACUCUUUCCAGGAAAGCUUCGCUCAAGAUGGUCAGGACCAUUCAGGAUUAAAGAAGUUCGCCCCUAUGGAGCAGUGGUACUAUGGGACCCAAUGGGAGGAGACUUUACAGUCAAUGGACAAAGGUUAAAACCCUACCUAGCCUCCACCACCAUACCACAGGAGACCACACUGGCUCUUGGCGAUCCACCAGAUCCUUAA